AUGUCGGAACUUGAAAAAUUAUACUACGAUCCCGCGCAUUACGCCGGCUUCUCAGCAGUGGAAAAUCUGACACGUGCCGCUAAGCCGAAUUUCACACGUAACAAUGUCGCUCGCUGGCUGGAAUCGCAAGAUGCGUACUCGCUGCACCGUCCACUGCGCCGAAAGUUUCCUCGACUGCAUUACAACGUAACAAAUAUCGACGAUGUGUGGGAGGGCGAUUUAAUUGAGGUGCGAAAUCUUAAAAGUUAUAAUGACGGAUAUUCUUAUAUUCUCGUGAUUAUCGAUGUACUCAGUAAAUUCGUUUGGGUGGAACCAUUACGUGACAAAACGAGCGUAUGCGUGACAAAAGCUUUUCAGCGUGUACUCGCGAGAAGCAAAGGACGAAUACCUAUAUACUUGCAAACUGACAAGGGUAAAGAAUUUGUCGGGCGUGCGACGCAAAAGUUUUUGGAAGAAAACAAUAUUCGUUUUAGAGUAACGCGCAAUCCCGACAUCAAAGCAGCCGUCGUCGAACGCUUUAACAGAAAAGUUAAAGGAACGAAUGUGGCGAUAUUUUACGCAUAA